AUGGACAGCACGGGUGCCACGGCGCGCACACCACGCACUCGUCGGUCGCCGCUGUCCGGUCUCCUGAUGCCAGAAUCGCCGGCCAUUAGCCGUAGCUACGACGGCAGCACUCCCUUUUCGAUGCGCGGCUUGCCACCGGUGCCUGGCGGCAGCAUGAAGACGCCACGCCACUCGUAUCACCCGCGUCACGCUGGCAUCGCGUCCGUGAGUAUGGAUGACCUCGUCGUGGACGUGGAGGAGAACGCGUCGCUGCUGCGCUCCAAGGACGGCCCAGUGCUCACCCCCACCGAGCGAAAGAUCAAGAUCGGCCUGUACGGAGUGCUCAACACCGUCAUCCUCGUGCCGCUCAUGAUCAGUUUCGCGCAGAUUAUCUUCCGCGACCCCGAGUUCCAGCCGUACAUGAACGACCUCGUCAAGCUCGUGCUGGUGUCGGCCGCCGUGCACCAGAUCUGCUUCACGUGCGUCAGCUCGCUGCCGUUCGCCAUGGGCCAAGUGCAGGACGCGGGACUUAUCUUCCUCUCGGCCAUGUGCUCGUCCAUCAUCCAGUCGCUGCACGAGAUGAGAGGAGAUGAUUUCUCCAUGGAAGAAGUGCUCGCCACCACGUUGUUCACGAUGGCGGUGUCGACCGCUGUGCUGGGCGCUGCCCUGAUCGUCACCGGCAAGCUCCGACUGGCCAGUUUCGUGCAGUAUUUACCCAUGCCUGUAGUUGGCGGAUACUUGGCCUUCAUUGGUUUCUACGCGCUUGAAGCAGGUCUCUCAAUGAUGACCACGCAGAGUAUCAAGGAACCUGCAGACUGGAUAAAGCUGGUUGAUGCAGACGCGCUGAUGCUGUCCGUGCCGGGCGUCGUUGCCGGCACGGCUAUCUUCUGGUUCAACUCUCGCUGGAACCACAUGGCCGUGAUGCCCUGCUGCUUGGCCGCAAUGUUGAUCACGUUCUACGGCUUGCUGCUUAUCACCGGGUCGUCACUGGAUGACGCUCGCGCGGCUGGAUGGGUGGCCGAGCCGCCGCCGUCGCCACGAUCCAUCACGCAGAUCUACGGCUUUUACGACUUUUCCAAGAUCAGUUUCUCACAUUUGACCGACCAAAUCCCAACGUGGAUAGCCAUGUACUUCGUCGUGGCUUUCUCGUCAUCGCUGGAUGUGGCUGCUGUCGAGACGGCACUGGGAAAGCCACUGGAUCACAAUCACGAGCUACAAACUGUGGGUAUCAGCAACCUACUUUCGGGUCUCGGUGGCGGCUUCACCGGCUCGUACCUCUUCUCGCAGACCAUCUUCACUCUUCGUGGCAAGCUUGACAGUCGCUAUGUCGGUCUUAUCGUCUUCUUCCUCGAGAUCGCCGUUGUGCUGAGUCCAUUCUCCAUCAUCGCGUUUGUGCCCAAAGUCUUCUUCGGUGCGCUGCAGAUGCUCGUGUGUCUCGACCUCAUAACGGAGUGGCUCUGGCAUGCGCGUAACAAGCUGCUUCCACGUGAAUAUGGUAUCGUUUGGCUCACGUUUCUGUCCAUGGUGUUCGUGAACCUUGAAUUGGGUAUCGUGGUCGGUAUCGUCAUCGCUGGCUUCAACUUCAUCUACUCGUACAUCGCGACGGCCAGUGUCCACCGAGUCAUGAAGCGCUCACGUGUGGAGCGUGACCUUCGCGAGCGUGUAUUGCUUCAGAACAUGCGCAUGGCCAUUGUCACAUUAGAACUGGAAGGUUUUAUCUUUUUCGGUUCGAGUGUUAAGGUCAUGGAUGAGGUGCGUCGUCACGUACUAGUCACCAAUACAGAGAAACAAGAGGCGAAGACGAGCACUCUUUCCGGUGCGUCACCCAUGCUGCCUCGACGGCACGCGCCUUCCCCGUAUGUGGCGCGGUCACUGAAUGAUUCUUUUAACGACGAUCUCACUACGCUGGACUCGGUUUUUGAUGAUCACGAGAUGCACGGCUACUCGUCCACGCCGAAGGCCGGCAAGACCGGAUCCUCUGCUCUUCAUGCUGCUCGUACAAGAUACUUUAUCUUGGACUUUGAGAAGGUGAGCGGCGUGGACGCCACAGCCGUGAGAAGUUGUUUUAACGCUACGAAGGAGUUGCUGGCACAGCACGGCAUUGUUCUUAUAUUCGCAAGCGUUCCGACGGAUGCUGAGCGUUUAUUGCGUGUCCAUGACGUGAUUGAGAAAGUGGAUGGCUCAGGUACGGGCUCUCUUGUGUUUGACACGCUGGAUAAGGCAUUGGAGUGGUGCGAAGACGAGUUGCUGGUAUCUGAGGGUAUUCUACCGCUCAGUGAGUCUGCGCCUGCCGAGGAAGGACAACGCUGGCAGUUGCUUGAUGAGCUAUUGCCUCGUCCUGAUGGCUCGCAUCGUAAGAACGAAAUGGUCCUUGCUGACAGUUCCAGGUCUCGAAGCAACGAAGACGGUGACGCAGUGCUCACACGAGAACUUGGUGAGAUGUACGUGACUCACUGGCUCAAGCAGGAGGGCGACACGCUCUACCGUGCCGGUGGCCUCGUGAACGGAGUUUAUUUUAUCGGAUACGGCAAGGUGGACGUCUUCAUGCCGUCCAAGAUCCACGAAGGUUUGGGUCCAGGCUUUCGAGGUCGCAAACGCAUCACUCGCGUGUGUCAAGGAGGUCUCGUGGGUGCGUCCGAGAUGAUUCUCCACAAACGUCAUCAGUUCACCGCACAGGUCCGGGCGCCUAGCUCCGUCUUCUUCCUUAGCAAGUCUCACUAUGCGCGUAUGCAAAAGGCACACCCCACUUUAGCUGCUCGCUUUCAACAAGCCAUGCUGCAGUCCAUGGCCAUUGGUGUCCUCGAGUCCAACUUAACGGAUGAUUAG